AUGGAGUUCUUCUUCCCCACCGAUGUUUUCGCCGCUUACCCCCGUCAGGGUCCCUCCACUCGCACUCACCCUUUCGGUGCCGUCGCAGCUGGUCCCUCGACCAACAUCUUCAGCGGCUGCGGCUUUGACAGCCACGCCCUCUUCGCAGACAAUUUUAUCGAUGCAAUACAACACGAGCGCGCUGCCUAUGCUCGUGCCCAAGCUGAGCGCGCUCGUCGCGCCGAAGCUGCACGCAGAGCAAAGGUAGCCGCAGCCCGCCGAGCAGCUGAAGAGCGCCAGGCUCAAGCCUAUCUUCAGCAUCUCCUGCAGAUGCAGCAACGCGAGGCUCAGCGCAGAUACCACCUCGAACAGCUCCACCUUCAACGUCAGGAGGCUGAGCGUCAGCGCAGACAACAGUAUGAAGAGUACCAGCGUCGAAAGGCCUACGCUAUCGAGAAGGAACGCCAGCGCAUUGCGGCUGCUAGGGCAGCUCAGGAUGAUAAGGACGAGUCCAAGCAGCUCUUCCUUGCUCUUGAAGAUUUCAUCUUUGGUCUGAACAGUUUCUUCAGGGCUGCUCAGCAGGGCGACGACGAAGAUGAGGACGAGGAGGUCGAGCUCGCUCACAAGAACGACACUCAGCAGGCCGCUCCUCCCGCUCCUCAGGCCAUCGAUGUCAAGGGUAAGGCUAAGGCUAAGGAGACUAACGAUGACAACGCUAUGGGCGUCGACCACGAAGAUAGUGAAGACACUGCCGCUGCUCUCAUGACCAUCGAUGAGGACCCCGCCGAAGUUGGUCCUGCUCCUUCUACCACUGCCGAGCCCACUCCUGUUCCUGCUUCCACUAUCACUCCUGCUCCAGUCAGCAAGACAGAACAGCUCGUCUUCUCACACGCCUUCCCCGCCGACUCCUCCUUCGACAGAACCACCGUUCGCGCCGAUCAGAUCAACGUCUCUGUCGACGAAGCUGAGCACAAGGUCACCGUCUCCGGUCUCUGGAACGAUCAGCCCUCUGCUCCCGUCGUCGCAACUUCUCCCACCGUCCGAUCUGCCAGCCCCACUCCCAGCGACACCUCUUCUCGCCGCGGUCGAUCUCGUUCUCCCAAGCGAGCACGUGUCUCUGACGUUGACGAGAACGGCGAAGAGAUCGUCACGCCCGAAACCAACGAUGGCGACGAUGACUUUGUAGAGGUCAGCUUCACUCGUGCCUCUGAAGCCAACAAGCAGGACAAGGUCGAAAAGACUUUCAACUUGCCUCAGGGUGCCAACGUCGAAGACCUCAGGGCUGAACUCUCGGAUGAGGGUUUGAAGCUUUUCACCACUGUCUCGGCCUAA